AUGGCGCCACACAUUGUGCGCUGGGGUAUCAUGGCCACUGGCUGGAUUGCUGAGACAUUCACAAAGGACCUUCUCAUCGACUCCAAUGUCCGUGAUGCCUCAGACAUAGUUCAUCAAAUCGUGGCCGUCGCCUCGUCCUCAUCCAAGGAGAAGGCCGAGAACUUCAUCUCAGCUCGAGGAAUCACCACUCCUUGCGCCGCAUAUGGUAGCUACGAGGCUCUGGUAGCUGACUCCAAUGUCGAUGUCAUCUAUGUUGCAACCCCGCACUCCCACCACUACCAGAACGUCAGACUGGUUUUGGAGGCGGGCAAAAACGUUCUCUGCGAGAAAGCAUUUACCGUCAACGCUGCGCAGGCUAAAAUUCUCGUUGACAUUGCCCGCGAGAAGAAACUCUUCCUCAUGGAGGCUGUCUGGACUCGUUUCUUCCCUCUCAGCAUUCAGAUCCGAGAGCUCAUCCAGAAAGGUGAGAUUGGCGAGGUGCUUCGUGUAGUAGCUGAUACGAGCUUCGGUGAUGACGUUGAGUCGAAAUGGGGCACUACCCACCGCAUGGUGAACCCUGAUCUAGCUGGUGGUGCCCUUUUGGACUUGGGUAUCUACUCCCUGACCUGGGUCUUCCAGAUUCUAUAUCACACCCUGCCCCAAGACCAGAGGAAGCCUCCUGCUGUCUCCUCGCAAAUGACUUCAUAUCAUUUGACCGGUGCGGACGAGUCUACUACCAUGCUCUUGCGCUUCCCUACAAGUACCCCUUCCAAUGGGCCGUAUCCGCAACAGUCACACGGUGUGGCCAUGACCAACAUUCGUGUCGCUGCCGACCCGGAUGAGAAGGGCUCUACCGGCCCUUCCAUUCGUAUUCAGGGCACUCAAGGCGAGAUACAAGUGCACGGACACCCUUUCCGGCCAGAAGGAUAUCGCAUCAUUCCCAAGAAGGGCGCUGGUGAGAUCCGUGAGGUUCAGUCCGUAUUUCCCGGUAAAGGCCAUGGUAUGUACUGGGAAGCUGACGAGGUUGCUCGUUGUCUGCGUGAUGGCAAGCUUGAAAGCGAGGGCAUGCCAUGGGAAGAGAGUAUCGUGAUCAUGGAAGUCAUGGAUGAGGUUCGCAGGCAGGGCGGUUUGGUCUAUCCUGAGAAGAUUGAGUCGACUGAGUAUCCUCAGCAAUUGUAA